CGCUCCUUCCCCCUCCCCCGACGUAAACUGGGAUCCCUUUCCCCUUGUGUCCGCCAUAUUGGACUCUAACUCUGGUCAGCGGCGCCGCCGGGCCCGGUGGACUCUCUAUUCCUCCCGCCCCGCGGCCUCCCGACAGCUCCCGCCUGCCCGGCCCUCCCCGCCCGCCCGGAGUCGACUCCGCGCAGCGCCCCCCGCCCUCGGUCGGCCGGAGCGCUCCGCCGCCGCCUCAGGCUCCCCGCCCUCCCCGCCCGCCGCCCGCCGCCCGCCAUGAGCCCGGCCGACGCCAAGCGCGGGGCCAAGCGCCGUAAGAAUAAGCGGGGAGGCGGCGGCGGCUCGGGUGGGGGCCACGGCGGCGCGAGCGGCGGCAAGGCCGUCCCGGCGGCGGCGCUGCGCGGCCCUCAGGCCGCGGGCCUGGCGGCCGCGGGCGGCACAGCGGCAGCGGCCAACGGGCCCCUCGGCACGGGCGCGGGCGGCGCCGCCCCCGGAGGCUACUUCGAGACUCCUUUUAACUUCGGCGUGAAUCACAGAGCCCCCGCCUACCCCGCCGGGGACUACUGCCUGCUGUGCCGGAGCGAGCGGAAAGACUCGUCCUUCCCGGAGAGCGGGGUGAAGCCUGCGAACAAACUGGCCCUUUCCGUGGCGCCCAAGGGCCACAACGUGCUGCACCUGCCGCUCUGGGUGUGUCCGGACUGCCGGCGGACCGUGGAGCAGGAGGAGAGGCGCAGCGGCCUGGACCAGCCGGCGGGCCAGGACUUCCUGCUGCACAGCCCUCUGGGCGGGGCCCCGGCGGAGGCAGGCGGCGGGAGGCUGGGUCUGGGUCCCCAGCCGCUGCCCUCGGACACGGCGUGUGCUUGUGAUGCCUGCAGCGAGCGCAGGGAGAUCUCGGCGGAGCCGGACCGCGAGCCGCAGCAGCUGCAGAACUACUGGUCCGAAGUGCGCUACAUGGUCCGCUGCAUCUACCGCCAGGCGGGGACCCCGCUGGCAGACGACCAGGACCCGUCCCUGGUGCCUGACAAGGAGGGGGUGAAGGAGCUGGUGGAUAGGCUCUGCGAGAGGGACCCCUACCAGCUGUAUCAGCGCCUGGAGCAACAGGCCCGAGAGUACGUGCUGGAGAUGAAGGUCCGCCUCCUGCGGCAGCUGUCGGCCGCGGCCCGAGUGCGGGCGCCGUCUGGCCUGCAGGGCCCGCCGCAGGCCCACCAGUUCAUCUCCCUGCUGCUGGAGGAGUACGGCGCCCUCUGCCAGGCGGCCCGCACCAUCAGCACCUUCCUCGGCACGCUGGAAAACGAGCACUUGAAAAAGUUCCAGGUGACGUGGGAACUGCACAACAAGCACCUGUUUGAAAACCUGGUCUUUUCGGAGCCCCUUCUGCAGAGCAACCUGCCAGCGCUGGUGUCUCAGAUCAGGCUGGGCAGCACGACGCACGACACCUGCGGUGAGGACGCCUACAGCAGCUUGCUGCAGCGGUUCCAGCGCUCCGAGGAGGAGCUUCGCGGCGUCGCCGCCGAGUGGCUGGAGUGCCAGAAGCGGAUCGACGCCUACGUCGACGAGCAGGUGCGGAUGACGGUGAAGACCAAGCCGCGCGCGCUGGCGGAAGACUGGGAGGUUUUCAGGCAGCGGCGGUUCCUCGAAGAGCAGUUAACCAGUAAGAAGGCGGUCACAGGCGAGAACAACUUCACGGACGCCGUGAGGCAGGUGCUGUCGUCCCGGCUGAGCGUGCCUGACUGCCCCAGCUGCCACUACCGCAGAAGGUGUGCCUGCGACGACUGCAGCCUCUCCCACAUCCUCACGUGUGGCAUCGUGGACCCCCCCGUCCCCAGCGACGCUCACACCCACCAGCUGCCGCUGCAGGCGGGCUCCGCUCCCGACUGCGUCUCUGAGAUGCGCCCGCCCAGCGUGUCGUCCGCGAGCUCGGGGUCGGGCUCCAGCUCCCCGGUCACCGUGCAGCAGCGCCCCAGACUCGUCCUCGCGGACAGCGGCCCCGCACCAGCCUUCUGCAGUGACGACGAAGACGUGGCCCCGCUGUCGGCCAAGUUCGCGGACAUUUACCCGCUGAGCAGCUACAGCGACGCCGAGGUGGUGGCCAGCAUGAACGGGCUGCACAGCGAGUUGAACGGCGGCGGGGAGAACAUGGCCCUGAAGGACGAGUCCCCGCAGGUGAGCAGCAGCAGCGGCAGCUCCUCAGAGGCCGACGACGAAGAGCCGGAUGGCGGGAGUAGCGGGGAGCCCCCCGGAGCCCCGCAGGAAGGCACGGCCCUAGGGAACGGGAACCCCAGGACGGAGGACAGCAAAGCGGACAGUCCCCCCCCAUCUUACCCCGCUCAGCAGGCCGAACAAGCCGCCAACACCUGCGAAUGCCACGUCUGCAAGCAGGAAGCUUCCGGACUGCCGCUGUCGGCCAUGACGGCCGGAGCCCUUCCGCCCGGCCACCAGUUCCUGAGCCCGGAGAAGCCCACGCACCCCGCUCUGCACCUGUACCCCCACAUCCACGGGCACGUGCCCUUGCACACCGUCCCCCACCUGCCGCGCCCUCUGAUCCACCCCACCUUGUACGCAGCCCCCCCCUUCACGCACAGCAAGGCUUUACCGCCCGCACCUGUUCAGAAUCACACGAAUAAGCAUCAGGUAUUCAAUGCAUCUCUUCAAGACCAUAUUUACCCGAGCUGCUUUGGGACUGCUCCAGAGUGGAACAGUUCUAAGUUUAUAAGUCUUUGGGGAUCAGAAGUGAUGAAUGAUAAGAACUGGAGUCCUGGCACUUUCUUGCCAGAUACAAUUUCUGGCGGGGACGUGCUCGGGCCGACGCUCUCAGAGACGAGACCGGACGCCCUCCCGCCUCCGGUGAGCAACGGCGCGCCUGCGGCUUUGGACUGUAAGGAGAAAAACAUUGCUGCAAAGAAGAAAUGUUUGUACAAUUUCCAAGAUGCUUUCAUGGAAGCAAACAAAGUGGUGAUGGCCACCUCGUCAGCCACCUCCUCCGUGUCCUGCACGGCCACCACGGUGCAGUCGAGCAACAGCCAGUUCAAAGUGUCGUCCAAGAGGCCCCCGUCCAUAGGCGAGGUCUUCCACGGCAUCGGCAAGGAGGAGCACCGGCACGCCGUGCCCGCCGCCCCGAGGAGCAGCCCCACGGGCCUGGCCCCGCUCCCCACGCUCGCCCCCGCCGCCCUCUCUCCGGCCUCCACGCCUCACCUGGGGAACCUCGCAGCCCCCGCCUUCCCCAAAACUGCGGCCCCGUCCCCGGGGUUUGGGGAUUCGCGCAAGAGCUUCUGUCCUGCGUCAGUGGCGCCCCCGCCCCCCACCACGGAUGGCUCCGUCAGUGCACCUCCAAGUGUCUGCAGCGACCCCGACUGCGAAGGGCACCGCUGCGAGAACGGCGUGUACGACCCGCAGCAGGACGAGGGGGACGAGAGCGCCGACGAGGACAGCUGCUCGGAGCACAGCUCCAGCACGUCCACCUCCACCAACCAGAAGGAGGGCAAGUACUGUGACUGCUGCUACUGUGAAUUCUUCGGGCACGGCGGGCCCCCCGCUGCACCAACAAGUAGAAAUUACGCAGAAAUGAGAGAGAAGCUUCGCUUGCGGCUGACGAAGAGGAAGGAGGAGCAGCCGAAGAAGGCCGGCCAGCUGCCGGAGCGCGAGAGCGUGGUGGACCACCGCCGGGUGGAGGACCUGCUGCGCUUCAUCAACAGCUCCGAGACCAAGCCCGUGAGCAGCUCGCGGGCCGCCAAGCGGGCGCGGCACAAGCAGAGAAAGCUGGAGGAGAAGGCGCGCCUCGAGGCGGAGGCCCGGGCCCGGGAGCACGUGCACGCCCACGCCCACGCCCACGCCCACGAGGAGCCGCGGCCGGAGCCGGAGGAGGACGCGCGGCUGGCGGAGGAGCUCCGGCGGCUGCAGGAGCUGCAGAAGCUCCGUGCCGUGAAGAAGAAGAAGAAGGAGAGGCCGACUAAGGACUGCCCCAAGCUGGACGCGCUGGCGGGGACGCUGCAGGCGGCGGCGGAGCCGGGGCCCGCCCCUGUGCACUUGCACAACGGCUCCCUGGGGCCGGCCGAAGGACCGGAGCCCUCCCCGCCCUCCCCGCCCGGACAUAGCGCCCACCCAGAGCCCGGGCUGGGGACGGACGGCGCCUCGGCGGGCCCCAGGGACUCCACGCUUCUCCUGCCCGAGGGGGUCGGUGGGAAGCAGCAGGAGCCGCUGUCCUUCCUGCUGGACAUCAUGCGUCACCACAAGGCGGGGACCGGCAAACAGAAGCCGAAACAGGCUGGGAAGGCGGGCAGCGAGCCGGGCGGGAGGCCCACAGAGCCCCCCAGGCCCUCCGAGGGCCAGCCCAGACCCCGGCUGCAGACUGAGCCAAAGGCGAAGGCGCUGGACCUCAGCCCCCCGGUGGAGCCAAAGCGAGAGGAGAGGAAAGCCAACAGCAACAACAACAACAAGAAGCAGCUGAACCACGUCAAGGAGGGGAAGGCGAGCCCCAGCCCCACAGAGCCGGCCUGCGCCGGCGAGCACCCGCCCGGCAGCAAGCUGGUGCUGGCCGACUCGCCCCAGCCCAGGGGCAAGAGCAAGAAGGGCCGGAAGAAGAAGGGGGACAGAGCCGGCAGCUCUCUCGACGACGUGUUUCUGCCCAAGGACAUCGACCUGGACAGUGUGGACAUGGAUGAGACGGAGCGGGAAGUAGAGCACUUCAAAAGAUUCUGUUUGGAUUCCGCCAGGCAGACCCGACAGAGACUGUCCAUCAACUGGUCCAACUUCAGUUUGAAAAAGGCCACCUUCGCCGCCCACUGAAGGAGGCCCGCCCGGGGAGGGGCGCACGGGCGCCCG